AUGUCCCACCUCCCCGAAACCCCCACAGAAAAACUAGAGCUCAUAACUCGCAACCUGCAGGAAGUGAUCGGUGCUGGCCUCCUUCGGGCAAAACUAGAGGCUCAGGAGGUUGUGAGAUGUUACUGGGGGACGGCCCCGACUGGACGACCGCAUAUCGGCUACUUUGUACCUCUUACCAAGAUUGCCGAUUUCCUAAAUGCCGGUGUCGAGGUGACGAUCCUCCUCGCGGACAUCCACGCGAUCCUCGACAACCUCAAAGCGCCCGUGGAGCUCGUCGCCUACCGAGUCGAAUACUACCGGUACAUUCUCACCUGUGUCUUCCGCACCAUCGGCGUCCCCCUGCACAAGCUCAAGUUCGUCGUCGGCAGUUCCUACCAGCUCACGGCCAAGUAUACGAUGGACAACUACCGGCUCUGCGCCAGUGUUUCGGAACAUGAUGCCAAGCGUGCUGGGGCGGAAGUGGUGAAACAAGUCGAGAGCCCGUUGUUGUCCGGCUUGUUAUACCCUGGCCUGCAGGCGCUGGACGAGGAGUAUCUCGGUGUGGACUUCCAAUUUGGAGGAGUAGAUCAGCGCAAGAUAUUCGUCCUAGCGGAAGAAGUACUCCCCAAGCUCGGAUAUCGUAAACGCGCACAUCUGAUGAACCGGAUGGUGCCCGGGCUCGCAGGGGGGAAGAUGAGUUCCUCCGAUCCGAACAGCAAGAUCGAUUUCCUCGAUUCGGCCGCAGAGGUGAAGAAGAAGAUCAAAGCGGCGUUUUGUGAAGAGGGGAACGUGGAGGAUAAUGGAAUCCUCGCGUUUGCCCAAGCGGUCCUCUUCCCCAUCUCACGCUUGAGGCUGUCUAUCCAGGCUAGCGGGGUCGAAGACGGCGGUGUGAAGCCCUUUGUGCUGGAGGACGCGCCGGAAGGGACCGUAUUCAGUAUUUCGCGCAAGCAGGAAUGGGGAGGCCCGCUCCAUUACCAGACGUACGAAGACUUGGAACGGGACUUUGCCGACCGGAAACUGCACCCGGGGGACUUGAAGGCCGGUGUGCAGGAGGCGAUUGGAAACUUGCUUAUGCCGCUGCAUAAGCUUUUUGCGGAGGAUCCGGAGUUUAGGGAGGCGGAGAGGAGGGCGUACCCACCUCCGGAACAGGUUAAGAAGGCUAAGAAGGUGCGUUGGUCUUAG